AUGGAUCAAAAAUCAGAUUACACGACUACCGAAGUGUUCGAUCGUCAUGGCGACCUGGAACUCAUCCUCUGGAAAAACAACUCGAUGAUUACAUUUCAGGUCUGCUCUCGCACUCUUGCCCGUUCUUCCCCUGUCUGGGACAUCAUGUUAUACGGCCCAUUUCGCGAAGGGAAAGCUCAACAGAAAGGCGACGAGUGGACCGUGACCCUCCCCGAAGACGACGCCGACGGGUUCAGAAUUAUUCUCUCCAUCAUUCAUGGAAUACCCGACGCCCUACCGGGUAAACCCAGACCGCACUUUGACUUGAUCUUGUCACUCGUGGUGUUAUCGGACAAAUAUGACAUGAUUGCGGCUUUGAAGCAAUCUUGGAGCCUUUGGCUCUGCUCCUGGAGAUCCAUAAGUUCCGAAACUAAUCCGUCCGUCCUUUUGCGUGCGCCUGCACGUCGAGUCGUUCAAUACCUCUGGUUGUGUUAUACGCUGGGCUGGGGGGAUCAGUUUCGUUCAGGCCUCUGCACCCUGAUGCACCGUACAGGCCUAGGCAGCAAUGGACGGCCACGGAUCACAAUCGGGGAUUCCGAGGAUCCAGAGACGGAAAAUGUCUAUCUCGAUUCGGACGAAUAUCUCAGAUUCAUAAAUACCAGCACGAUUGAAGAGAUCAAAGAAGCGCGGCUUAGAAUACUGGAGACGAUGCUUACCAAAAUCAGGGACGCCAUAGCAUCCCUCCGCCCAAACCCGACGGCAGCCCGUGUGUGCAAGGCAGCAAAGGGGGCAGCGUUUUGCGACCGGACAUUACUCCGCGCACUCCGAGAGGCGAUGGCGGCGGUCAAGGUUGAGUAUUGGUACCGUAGCCGAAAGGGGACGGCCAACCUCGCCAAAACCCUCACCUUAAGCGUGCAUCAAAUGGAAACCGAUAUCCUCGACAAGAUUAUAGACCACGCCGACGCUACCCUUGCGACGCGGAAAAGUCCGGCCUUGACCGACCGACAAAAUAUUAUCUCCAUGCUGACUUAUGAUGGGGACUGGUUAUGGAAUUACGAUGCACUGUAUGGCGAGCCGAGGCAAGCAGAACUUGUGGUAAACAUGGAGCAACUUGUCAUUUUCGACAACCCCGCCGACAGCGACAGCGAUCGGCCGGUGAAGAGACGUUGCACGGAGCUUUUGCUGCGCCAACUCGACCCUUUCAAUUCGGCCGCGUCCUCGGCCGACCCCGUUUCGCCUGAGAGGAAGCCUCUUCCAGCUCGGGUCAUUUCUUCCAAUACGCCGAACAGUUGCUCCUCCUCGUUCGACAAGCAAGGGCUUGAGAUCCCGGCUUCAGAUACCAAUGCGACCCAACCUUGCCCUAAACCAUCCACAACCUCUCACGGCAUUCUCGCCAACAAUGCACCUGUUCUUGGCCUCGUUCCUGUCGCCAGAACUCCCAUCUUUGGGUUGCCGCAAGCAGUGACUGAGGCAGAAACCUUUUCAGCGAAGCGCGACGGACUGGCAAGUAAGCAAGGAGAAAAUACUGUCGGACAAGAGCCUAAGCAAGAGCCUAAGCCGGAGAACACUACCGCGGCUACCCAGGUCAAGACUGAGGAGGGCUCCGCCGUAAACGCACAUGUCGAGUCGUUCGACGACCACGGAGACUUGACUCUGAUUGUCGGAGAAACGCAGACCAAUUUUCUGGUCUGCUCGUACUCCCUCAGGCGCGUGUCGGCCACCUGGCAUGACCGACUGUACGGCCAGCGCUCCGAUCCCCGACACAGAGAAGGGAAACAUCCCUGGACGAUUUGUCUGCCCGAUGACAAUCCGGACGCUAUGCGCAUCAUACUGCGGGUGGUUCACGGCAACUUAUCUGGGAUGCCGGCGGUCUUAUCUAUGGACAUGCUGUGCCAUCUCACCGCCACGUGCGACAGGCACGACAUGAUGGGACUCCUGGAGCCGUGCUGGAGUGAUUGGGCCCAGAAAUUACCCAAGUCAAACUUCAAUCCCGCCACAUUCUCUCGGCAAAUCUGGACCGCUUAUAAGCUCGGGCAUCUCGCAUGGUACAGGGAAACGCUGGCUGCCUUUCUGUGUCACACCCAGAAGAGCCCUGAUGGCAGAGUAUUCUCAGAGACCGAUCCAGAGAUCGACUUUUACAAUGACCCUUACCUACAAGACCUGGGCCUCCUGAAAGUCUGCGAAGACGGUCGCCAGAAGCUCAUCGAGGUGGUGGGCAACAUCCUGCGAGAGGUGCUGAACAGGCUCUCAAACCCUCAGGCCAUCACCUGCAACUCUGACCAAGUCCAGGAAAACUGCGACUGCGCUAUGCUUGGCGGCGUACACCGCGCACUCUACGGCAAGAACUGGUAUUCUGGCGGAGCUCCGCAAUGGGAGAAAGACGUAACGAUUAGUGUGCGUAGACUGGUCACUAAGGUGGAGGGGAUUCGUAUUGCGGCCAUCGGAGAAUCUCGGAUGAAGAAAAAGGACCUCGCACACAAGCGGUGCACUCCAUGGGUCUCCUUCACGCUGCUUGAUGUCUUACGGGUGUGCCCGGUCUACCGUGCCGUCUCGAUUGACACGGCGGCCUUUCAGGAACAGGCCAAGAAAACGGGCCUUGGCGUACAGCUAACAUCUGCGUUGGGCCGGCCGGGAAUGGGCCAAGUGGUCCCAAGUGAUGGUGGCUUCUGGUCUAUGAGGCUUGGAUUUACUGUAUGA